AUAUAAUGUCUUUUUUAAAAAAUUCAGGAUGGAUGCCACCUUGAAAGAACUGACUAGUUUAGUAAAAGAAGUCUACCCAGAAGCUAGAAAGAAGGGCACACACUUCAACUUUGCAAUUGUUUUUACGGAUAUUAAAAGACCUGGUUAUCGGGUGAAGGAGAUUGGCAGCACCAUGUCCGGGAGAAAGGGGACUGAUGAUUCCAUGACCCUGCAGUCGCAGAAGUUUCAGAUAGGAGAUUAUCUGGACAUAGCGAUCACCCCUCCAAAUCGGGCACCACCUCCUUCAGGGCGCAUGAGGCCAUAUUAAAUUUUAUUGACUAUUU